AUGUCCACGAUCAACGUGCGGUUCGACGAGGACACGACGCUGCGGUUCGUCAAGCUGUACCGCGACCAAAGGCUGUUGUGGGACAAAGGCCACGAAUCGUACAACAAGCGCGCGGACCGGUUGAACGCGUACCGGCGCAUCGUCGACGAAAUGGCGAUCGAUAAGCUGGGCGUGUCCGAGGUGGUGUCCAAGAUAAAAAGUAUCCGGUCCACGUACCAGCAAGAGGUGCAGAAAAUCAGGGCCUCGGCACAGUCCGACAAACGAGACGCGGACGCCGCGUCGCCGUACGUGCCGAGAGUGCAGUGGUUCCCGAUCAUGGAUGCGAUGAUCGGCGGCUCGGAGGUCGACCGCUUUUGUCCGUCACCGUCGGCCGACGGAAAAACGGUGAGUAGAUUUUUACCCGUUAACGCGUAUUUACUAAUGUAA